AAGAAAAAUAUGACAUAAUCCCAGCCAUCCCAUAGAAAAAUUCCUAUUGCUAUAUGUGAGAAUAUAAACAUCUUUAUAAACUUUGAGAUGUUCUCUAAUCCUAGCAUCACCUACCUACUUCCUAUAAUAAUUUCCCAUUAAUUAAUGAAUUAUGACAUUAACAUAAAGUUUUUAGUACCAUUAUUUUAGUAGUAGUUACAUGUGAUCUGAAAAUUCUCAACAAACUUUAGAUUAAUACUCCCAUAACCACCCAUCUCCAUCUUCAUUACAACCCCAUACAUAGGACACUAUAUUACAUAAUAACAUAACCACUCUUCUUCUUCUCUUCUCUCUGUCAAACCAAAAAAAAAAUAAAAAAAUAAUGGAAAACAAAUGGCGAAAACUCAAACUCGCUCUCGGCUUCAAUUCAUGUCUUCAUCUUCCUAAAACAACCGAUCAAAUUCCUCCUUCUUCCUCCUCCGUAACUAACUUCUCCGAUCGCCUUUCAAAUUCCUCCGAUGUUUCCGUUCACCGUUCUUCCACUCCGACACCGACUUCCUCCACUCUCCGUCUCUCCUCAUCCUCUUCCUCCUCCUCCUCCAAGGGAGUGUGUGCAAUAUGCUUGAACACAAUGAAACCAGGGCAGCGGCAGGCCAUUUUUACUGCAGAAUGUUCUCACGCUUUCCAUUUCCAAUGCAUCACAUCCAAUGUAAGAUACGGGAAUCAGAUUUGCCCUGUUUGCAGAGCAAAAUGGAAAGAAGUUCCUUUUCAGACUACUGCAUCUAAUGCCUCCAAUGAAAUCUCUCGACCAAGAGGUGACACCUGGGGAGGUAUACUGCGGAGAAUUUCUUCCUCACGACAAAAUGGUACAGUUCGGCAGAGUUCGUCACGUCAUAAUAUAACAGAACAAGCUCUCUUUGAUGAUGAUGAUGAAAUCUUGGUGGAUCAACAAACUUCAAUUACUCACCAUGUUAAUGAUGUUGAUCAUAGCAUAGGAAAUAAAAUGGAGAUCACAACAUAUCCUGAAGUUUCAGCUGUUCCAAAAUCAGACUCUCAUGAUAACUUUACUGUAUUGGUUCAUCUUAAGGCUCCUCCUCAUUCCAAAACACAAAACAGUGACAGGAGCAACGUUGAAUCUUCACUCGAGACCUCUCGUGCUCCAAUUGAUCUUGUCACAGUUCUUGACAUAAGUGGUAGCAUGACAGGUUCAAAGAUUGCAUUACUAAAACGAGCAAUGAGUUUUGUCAUACAGAAUCUAAGUUCCUCAGAUCGUCUUUCUAUCAUUGUGUUCUCCUCAACAGCCCGUCGCAUCUUCCCUCUACGACGGAUGAAUGAUGCUGCACAACAGCAGGCAUUGCGUGCAGUUAACUCUUUAGUUCCAAAUGGUGGAACGGAUAUUGCUGAAGGAUUGAAGAAAGGGGUCAGGGUGUUUGUUGACCGUCGGUGGAAGAAUCCAGUGGGAGGCAUCAUGUUACUAACUGAUGGACAGGAUACCCAUAAUAUUUGUGCCACGGCUCCUAUUGGAGAAGGUUACCGAUCACUUGUCCCGAACUCCAUUCAUCGUAAUAAUAGUCAAGGUUUGAAAAUACCAGUGCAUGCAUUUGGUUUCGGUGUUGAUCAUGAUGCUGAUUUGAUGAAUUCCAUCUCUGAGAUUUCUGGAGGCACAUUUUCCUUUAUCGAAGCUGAAAACGUGAUUCAGGAUGCAUUCGCUCAGUGUAUUGGGGGACUAUUGAGUGUGGUGGUUCAAGACCUACAUGUAGAAGUUCGGUGUGCUCAGUCCCGUUUGCAACUUAGUUCAGUAAAAGCAGGAAGUUACCAAAGUACAUUAACUAACAAUGCAAGAAUGGCUUCUAUACAGGUAGGAGAUUUGUAUGCUGAAGAAGAAAGAGAUUUUUUAGUGACUCUCAAUGUUCCAGUUGAGAAAUCUAGUGAUGAGAUGUCAUUGUUGAUAGUUACAUGUCUUUAUAGUGACCCCAUCACAAAAAUCGAGGGUUUGGAUGUAACAAGUGAAGUGAAGAUUCAGAGACCUAAUGUUGUUAUUGAUCCAGUUGUAUCAAUAGAAGUAGAUAGACAAAGGAAUAGACUUCAAGCUACUGAGGCAAUGGCUGAGGCUAGAGUCAAAGCAGAACGUGGUGAUUUUACUACUGCAAUUUCUGUCCUUGAAAGAUGUCAUAGGGGAUUAUCUGAAACUAUUUCUGCUCAAGCUGGCGAUCUGUUAUGUGUUUCUCUUUCUGCUGAACUAAAGGAGAUGCAAGAGAGAAUGGCAACUCGACGAGUUUAUGAAGAAUCUGGAAGAGCUUAUGUAUUAUCAGGGUUGAGCUCUCAUUUAUUGCAAAGAGCAACUGCAAGAGGUGAUUCAACCGACUCCACCAGCUUUGUCCGUGCAUACCAAACUCCUUCCAUGGCUGAAAUGGUUUCACGUUCCCAAACCUUUGUUAUGAGUACUCCACAAUCUGAAAAUAUUCUACGACCUACUAAAUCCUUUAACGGCCGGCAGAAAAGAAAAUAAUAAUGGCAAUUUUACAGUUCUGUAGAGAUUUAAUUCUCUUCUUUUAUAUUUUAAAGUUAGAUAGGUAGCAGGAAGGAAAAGAAAUGAUUUUAGACUUUCUAAAUUGUAAAUGCUCAAUGAGAUAUUCUUCUGAUUCUUUUUCAUUAGUAGCGCUCUUCCUUAUGCUUUUUACUUUUUUUAACUUUGUACCUUUGGGUUGGCUGGUUUUACCAAUAAAAUAGUCUUUUGUUUCA